GACGAUCGUUCGGUUGAAUUCUUUUCUUUUAGUGGUGCGCUCGAACGCGCAAAGUUUUUCACUGUACUUUUUGUUUUUGUCAAGUUACGGUUUACCCUCUCAUUAGCCAUUCAGCUUUUGUCGAACCACAGCAAAAAACCAUGGUUGUACCGAAGGAAGAUCAACUGCGCUACGAUGGACGCGUGGUGGUGGUGACCGGAGCAGGGGCCGGUUUGGGGCGUGAGUACGCACUGCUGUUUGCGUCGCGCGGUGCAAAGGUCGUCGUGAACGACCUAGGUGGCAACUUCAAGGGCCAGGGUAAAUCUAAUGCGGCCGAUAAGGUCGUCGAAGAGAUCCGGGCGGCCGGUGGGGUCGCCGUCCCCGACUACAACUCGGUCGUCGAGGGGGACAAGAUCGUGCAGACGGCGCUGGAAAACUUUGGCCGCAUCGACGUGCUGGUGAAUAAUGCGGGAAUACUGCGCGACCGAAGCUUGGCCCGGAUUUCGGACGAGGACUGGAACUUGAUUCAAGAUGUGCACCUGAAGGGCAGCUUCCUGACGACGCGCGCCGCCUUCCCGGUGAUGAAAAAGCAGAACUUCGGCCGCAUCAUCAUGACGUCGAGCAAUUCGGGCGUGUACGGAAACUUUGGCCAGGCAAACUACAGCGCCGCCAAGCUGGGUCUGGUCGGGUUGGCCAAUACGGUGGCCAUCGAGGGUGCGAAGAAUAAUAUUCACUGCAACGUGAUCGUGCCGACGGCGGCCUCGCGAAUGACGGAGGGAAUCUUGCCGGAUAUUUUGUUCAACGAAUUGAAACCGAAACUGAUCGCACCAGUGGUGGCGUACCUGUGCCAUGAAUCGUGUGAAGACAACGGUUCCAUCAUCGAGAGUGCCGCCGGUUGGGCAACGAAGAUCCACUUCGUGCGCGGAAGGGGUUGUGUGUUGCGCACGGCCAUCGACGAGGAUGUGUCUCCGGAGUACGUACGGCAAGUUUGGAAUCGUGUCACGGACAUGUCCGAGGCGCGCCACCUGAAUGCAAUCGCAGAUGCGAGUCGCGUGGGGUUGAUGGAAACGCUGGAGAAGCUGCGUGACGGAAAGAACAACGAAAACUCUGUCACCGAGACGUUCCGGUACGGAUUCAAGGAUGUGAUUCUGUACGCACUCGGCGUCGGUGCGAACGUGUCGGAUCCGACCGAUCUAAAGUUUCUGUACGAAAACAAUGCGGAGUUUGGUGUGCUUCCCACGUUCUUCAUCCUGCCGGGACUGCUUGCCGUUAUGGGUUCGAGUUUGACCGCUUCCGCCAUCAAGCACACCACGUUCGAUUUGACUAACAUUCUCCACGGUGAGCAGUAUAUCGAGCUACUCGAAGCACCCCCAACCGAGGGUGUACUGACCACCACCUCCUCCGUGCUGGACGUCGUCGAUAAGAAGUCCGGUGCCCUGGUCAUCACUCAGUCUGACUCGUACGAUGAGAACGGCACGCUGAUCGCACGCAACCAGAGCUCGACCUUUGUGGUGGGUGCUGGAAAUUUCAAUGGCAAGACCAAAGCUAGCCCCGAGGUGAAACCGCUGGUGCCCAAUCCGAAGCGUACUCCGGACGCGUCAGUCGAGGUGCCGACGCACAAGAACCAGGCCGCUGUAUAUCGGCUGUCCGGCGAUCUUAACCCGAUGCACAUCGAUCCGAGCUUCUCGGCGAUCGCCGGCUACAAGGUACCGAUCUUGCACGGUCUGUGCACGAUGGGGGUUUCGGUGAAGGCGGUGCUGAAACAAUUCGGUGGAGACAAUCCAGCUCUGUUCCGGGCGGCGAAGGUCCGCUUCUCGAAACCGGUGCUUCCGGGUCAAACGCUUCGCGUUGAUAUGUGGAAGGAACCGAACAACCGGGUCUGCUUCCGGACAGUCGUGGUUGAGACAAACACCGAAGUGCUGUCGGGCGCGUACGUUGACUUCAAGCAGAUCAUCGUGAAACCCAACAUGACUUCCGCCAGUGCCCUGCAGAGCGAUGCCGUUUUCGCCGGCAUCAAGGAUCGUGUGGCAGAGAACGAGGCGAAGGCAAAGGCAGUCAAUGCCGUGUUCCUGUACAAGGUCACGAGCGGUGGCAAGGUGGCCAAGGAGUGGGUGCUCGACCUGAAGAACGCCAAAGUGUACGAAGGGCCGUUGCAAAGCGGCAGCAAAGCCGACACUACCAUGACGAUAGCGGAUGCGGACAUGGUUGAUCUGGCGCUCGGCAAACUGCAGCCUCAGACCGCCUUCAUGAAGGGUAAGCUGAAGAUCACCGGCAACAUUAUGCUGGCGCAGAAAUUGGCCCCGCUGCUGAAGACGGAGGCGAAGCUGUAAAACCGGGAACCGGCCAGAGUCCCGUCUGCUUUGCGUGAGCGUCGUUCCUACGGGAGAGAGGGUUUGGUGCGGAUCGAUUGUCAUCAUCGAAUCGAUCAUCAUGGCGCGUCGAUCAACAAUUCCAAAUAGAAGUACGGCUUGUUUAUUUUUGCGUUGAACGCCGUUUUACGAGAACCGUUCGAUGAGAUGUUAGAAGAAAUGAAACAGAAAGGUAGAGAGAUGGAGAGGUGUAACAGUCAGGUCACAGCAGAUUAGGCGCAACGCGAGUGUGUGUACACAUUUAUUUUUAUUACUUUUAAUCUGUCUGAUAAGACCACGGUGAUGAGGAGGUUUUGGAUGGAGCUUACGUAGUAUUCCCGUUUUAUUUUCCCAUUUUAUUUUCUUCUUUCCAAGCCUCAUACUAUCGUAGCGUAUUGUUCUUGUUGGCAGGAAAUAAUCGUGUUGUACACAAUCACACAUCUGGGGCGAUGGGCAAUAAAUGGACAACAAUAUUUGUUAAAAAAAA